GCCGGGCUUUAGCGGUGCCGGAGCGAGCGGGCAGUGGGCGUCGUGGGCCGCGUCGCGGUGCUGUCGCGGGGAGGCCGUGUCGCCGGAUCGGGAGAGGGGACGGUGGUGGGCAGGGCCGGAAGCGGCGGCCCUCGGCUCGGCACGCCCCCUGCCCCGAGCCCCGCCGGCCUCGCGUAGGGUCUCCGGGAACGGGGCGAGGGGCCCCGCGCUGCUGAGCGCCCGCCAUGCCCGCCCGCGAGCUGCCGCGGGGCACGUGCCCGGACAUGUGCCCGGCCGCCGAGCGCGCCCAGCGCGAAAGGGAGCGCCGCCUGCACCGCUUGGAAGUGGCGCGAGGGCGCGGCGGGGGCCCGCCCCGCGCCGACCCGCGGCGCACGGUGAAGGAGUACAGCCGGCCGGCCGCGGGCAAGCCCCCGCCCCCGCCGAGCCAGCUGCGCCCGCCCUCCGUGCUGCUGGCCACCGUGCGCUACCUGGCCGGCGAGGUGGCCGAGCGUGAGGACGCCUCGCGCGCCGAGGUGGCCAGCUUCGUGGCCGACCGCUUGCGCGCCGUGCGCCUGGACCUGGCGCAGCAGGGCGCCGGCGACGCCGAGCAGGCGGUGGUGCUGGAGGCGGCGCUGGCCACGCUGCUGGCCGUGGUGGCGCGGCUCGGGCCGGACUCGCCGCGCGGGCCCGCGGACCCGGUGCUGCUGCAGGUGCAGGUGCAGGAGGGCUUCGGCUCUCUGCGGCGCUGCUACGCGCGGGCCGCGGUGCCGCUCGCGCGCCAAGCCGCCUUCCAGGGCCUCUUCCUGCUCUACAACCUGGGCUCCGUGGAGGCACUACGGGAGGUUCUGCAGCUGCCCGCCGCCCUGCGAGCUUGCCCAGCCCUGCGCAUGGCCUUGGAGGUUGACGCCGCCUUCCGCGAGGGCAACACCGCGCGCCUGUUCCGCCUGCUCCGGACCCUGCCGUACCUGCAGAGCUGCGCCGUGCAGGGCCACGUGGGCCGAGCCCGCCGCGAAGCCCUGUCGCGACUCGCUCGCGCCCUGAGCACCCCUAAGGGGCAGGCCUUGCCCCUGGAGUUCAUGGUGCACCUUCUAGCUCUGGAUGGACCCGAGGAAGCACGGGAUCUGUGCCAGGCCCAUGGGCUGCCCGUGGAUGGACAGGACCGGGUUGUGUUCCUGAGGGCCAGCUACGCAGAGAAAGGGCCGCCCCCGGCCGGCGCCUGCCACCUGUUGGUGGCCAGCAAGCUUCGGGGACGCACGAUAGAGGAGGUGGUCAUGGCGGAGGAGGAGGACGAUGGUGUGGACAGACCGAGAUGCCUGGCCUGAGGAGGGAGCCCCAGGCGGGGCACAGCACCUGGACUUCCGUGUUCACGAUUCUCGGCCAGUAAAGGAACCUUGUUUU